GCGAUGGUUUGACUUGACGACAACAACAAUGGUGCACACUCCAACGCAGAUAACUGAUUCAUGCUCAGCGAAGGCAGAGGAAUGAAGGUUUAUUCACACAGCUCUUCCAACAACAACAACAACAACAACAACAAAGUAAAGCAUUUUCAAGUAAUACUUGAGGAUGAUGAUGAUGAAGAAGAUGCACUCCUUAUGGAUGAAUGGCUGUAUAUAGAUUCCAACAGUAGUGAUGAUGAGGGUGACUCGACGAAUCAAAGAGUGGUAUUUGGAGAUUCAUCUCCAAAUAUUGUUGCUUCCACCAAUGCAGCUGGCAUCCAAGCUCAAAUACCAGUGUCUGAUUCACUGACUGAUCAGAUACCUCAGGUAGGAGGAAGCAGUGAAAAUGAAACACAAAUAGGUCUUCCAUCAACGGUUCCUUGCAAUAAAAUUGCAGAUUUGCAAGCCCCAUCAACAAGUGCAGCUUCACCGGCAACUGUGAGCCCUCACUGUGUAACGUCUGAAUAUUCUGCUUUACAUCUGCCCACUUCAGAGAUCUCUCUAGCUGUGCCUUUACACAAAAUAAACAAGAGCAUCUCUAAUUUGGUUGUAGGAUCACAAGAGGAGGAUGCUAAAGGGAAAUGUUACAAUGCUGCAGAAACAAAUGAAGGUAAAACUAAUUCCUUGUAUAAAAGACAUAAGUAUACAGAUGGCAUAAAUAAGGAGAAGCUUGUAUCCAAUGAUGAAAUAGAGGUAAUAGAUGUAAGCAAUAAUGAAAGUGCCGUUCCAUUAGAAUCAAAGUCUGAUAAAAUUUUAGGACAAGGCACAAAAUAUUCAUCUCAGUAUGUUGGUUGUCCGCCAUGCAGACUAAUGACAGUAAAACCUCAAUGCCCUAAACCCGAGGACAUUAUUUUGUGUGAACCUAGUGCUGCUUCCUUACCACACAGUGUGGCUGCUAGACAAUCUUUUGCCAAAACUGCUCAAGAAAAGUCUUUGUUAAGGAAAUCAGAUUGUUUUAAACUUAAUGUAAAUGAUCAUAGUAAUAAGCAUAAUACUGAUGCUGUUGUUGUUUUAUCCGAUGAUGAUGAUGAUGAUGAUAUAGCUCUUAUAGAACUUGAAAAUUCAAAGAAUACAACAAAUACAACAAAAUCCAAAAAAGUAUGUGACUCACCAUAUAUAUGUAUCGAUUUAGAAAACUCUUCAGUUUCUGAGCAUAGGAGAAGACAAAAGGAGAGCAAAUUAAGCAAAAAUAAGGUCUCCUCAAGUGCAAAGGAAAAUUCAGAGAGAGCAUCCGUAGGCAGCUGUAUUCCUUCUGUGCCGCCUUGCAGUCUACAGUCAAAUGGUUCCCCGCCUCAUGAAAAUGGGGAAUGGAAUAAUAAUAAUGGUGAUAAUUGUCCUCCAUCUGUAUCUGUUCCUUCAUACAACACAAGCUGUGUAGGCAACCAACAGUCCUCAGUUUUGGCUGAGAAAGAUGGUCAAGAUUUGCAUAAUUUUGCAGUGAAUAAGAAGGGCCUGUGCCAAGACCCAUCUUCUUUGGCUGGAACUAAUAGAUCUCAGUGUGGAUAUAAUAUAAUUACAAAAGUUAGCCCUCAAAGAUCAUGCAUCAACAGCAACAGAAAAGAUUAUCAGUUCUUGACUAGUUUAAUCAGAGAAAACAGUGCACAGCUUCCAGUUAAUUUAAGGUCAGAUAAUCACCAACAACCUCGUCGCAACUUAGUGUUGGAUGAUCCCGUAACGUCUUCUAAUUUAAACAAAGAAGAUGGCCCACAAGAACCUUUUGAAUUAAGCAAGGGAAGGGACACUCAAGAAUCUUCUAACUUGAACAAGGGUUUAGACAACUAUGGACCAACGAACCUAAUGCCUGAAGUCCCAGCUGUACAAGAGAAUAACGAAACAACAGGAGUAUUAUUCUCAACGGCUGAUAAAGAUUUACUGCACAAGAGACUCCCACCACAUCACAGACCCUGUAACACAGCUAUGAACCAAGACACAUCUAUGAGGAGUACAUUACAACAGACACCAUCACUGACGAUGUCAGUCCGUCAUACAGCACCUUUGAAUGAAACUUCUAUACAUUCAUUAUCCCAUGUCAGUGUUUCAUCCAGUUUAGACUUUAUUGGGAAAUGUGGAGAAGAACAAGCAAUACACGACUCUAUGACUCUUUCCUAUCCCAUCCCAGACUCAACAGUUCCUGACUCUUCAUUAGGCAGAGGUCAGAAGCAUUUAAGAUCUCCAACACCACCAACUUCAAAGAAGAAAAUAUGCUCAGCAGUUAAGAAGAUUAGUGAUAGUUUUGGACAAAUUGAAGAUGUUAAGAAACAUAAGAGAAAUUCAUUAGUUGUUGAAUGUCUGGAAGCAGUUAGUAAAGUAUCCAGUAUUUUGGGUAGUCUUGGCCCUAUCAUAGAAAGUUUACUAAUAAAGUCAACAGUUAAAACGGUAGGAGGUCAAAAUUCAAUUGAACUUUUCCUGGAAACUGAGAACAUCAUGACACUGGAACUAGUGAAUCAAACAGUUUGUACAGAAUAUACAAGAAACAUACUUGAAUCAGAACUCAAGGCCAAUAUUGAGAAAGCAUGGAAAAUGACAAAUAUACUUUUGGAAGAAGUGAAUGAGAUGAAAUCAACAGAAAAGUACUUGGGACUUGAUAUAGAUGCUAUUGCUAGAGCUACUGUUGGCAGAGAUUCCAACGACGUGGUAAUUUUUGUUAAACAGAUGCUAAAGUAUCAGGGAAAGAAAGAAGGUAAAGCAACAGAUAUUCACAGUAUAUUUAUGGCUGUUGCAAAAAAACAUUGUGAACUGGCAGUUAUGAAUAUGAAGAAAAGUAUUUCCCCAAAUUCUGGACUUGCAUCAAAGAAAAGUCCACUAAUUGGACUUGCAUCAAAGAAAAGUCCACUAAUUGGACUUGCAUCAAAGAAAAGUCCACUAAUUGGACUUGCAUCAAAGAAAAGUCCACUAAUUGGACUUGCAUCAAAGAAAAGUCCACUAAUUGGACUUGCAUCAAAGAAAAGUCCACUAAUUGGAUUUUCAAGAGAAUCUGAAGAGAAAGCUUUAUCAUCAGUGUGGAAGACAGUUCAAGAUACAGAAUUACCUAGCAGUUCUGUUUAUCCUCAGGAAGAACAUCAGAAGCAAGUUAAAUGCUCAGAAGUACCUCUGUGCUCUGUGAAACCACAGGAGAAAUUGCAUAGUCCAACUCCAGAUUCAGUUAACACAGGCAAUUCCCAAGGAACCGAGGCUAAUACAGCAUUGGCUACACUUUUAUCUAUAUUUCCAUCAACUGCUGCUUCCUCAAGUAAAGGUAAUGAUGUCAUUGUUGACCAGCAGAUACAAAAUAUCACUAGGAGUGAUCCUCUUCCAAAUACUUGUACACCUCUGGAAGGUCUUUGUCAGAGCUUAGCAGUGAAAGGAAACAGCAAAGAGUCCACCAUAAAGCAGAUGACUAAUAGAACCAUUGAAAUUUUUCAAAACAAAAGUGUUACAUCUAUCAAUCAACAGCAGUCUUCACCCGGGUUAGAUCCACUGCAACCUCUUCCUUUGACUUGCCGAAAUAGUGGAGUAUGUGCACACCAAAAUGAUUUAAAUCCUUCUCAUACAGAAGGUAGUAGAACACUAUCCCCAGUAUAUGAUCCGGAUGAUUAUAACAAUUGUGGAUUCCAGAAGUCAGGAACAAUUGCGGUUAUACAAUCCCCUAUAUAUGAUCCUGAUGACAAAUUAUCCCAGCAAGAAAUGAAAGAUGCUCCUAUGAAGACUGGAGAGCAGAUAGGUGCUAAACCACAAGUAACAAACUUAGAAAAUCUAUUUGACUCAAAAAACAUGUCUGAACAGAGGUUGGUUCACAAUUAUAAAAGUACUGAAAGAAAGUUGGGUAGUUGUGUGGAGCUUUUAUCCAAUGAAACACUUUAUGAACACAAGAAAAAUUAUCGGGUAUCACCUAAAAAAUCUGUUUCACAGAGUCAAAUCACAGUAGAAAAUCAAAUCACAUUACCUCAAGAAACAGAUAGCAGAGUGCAUGCUCAGGAAAGAGAUAGAAUGUGUUGGAUGUCAGCAGGUACUUAUAGAGAAGCAGAGGCAAGUACUUUUGGAAGAAGUGAGCAGCUCGGAGUGUUGCACAGAGAUGGAGGAAUAGUAGCAGAGAACUUAGUUGAAAAGAAAACCAAUGAGACUCGGGUGACCAGAGACAGUAGUCCAAGCAAACUUUGUCCCAAUAUAUAUACAAAAUGCCAUAAUAUAUCCACCAAUCAAAACGAUCAUAAUUUACUUCAGCAGAGUCAAUCGUCAAGAUACAAAGAAUUUCAUCAGACUCUUGGAAUUUCUCCUGGCAAUAAACAUAAUACUAUAUAUAAUUCAAGCACGCAACAUCCACAAAGUAAACAAAUACCUAUGGAAUGUGGGUAUCCAAAUCAAAGUACAGCCAUUGCUGCUAAGUUACAUAAUUCAAAUCAAACAUUAUUUUUGAAUAAUUUACAGCAUUCAGUUUCACUUGCAAAUGCUGGGAGACUGGCUGGUGAUAGUCCUAGUGAACAUAAGCUGCAGAACUUAGACAUUGAAGAUGUGGCUGCCUUAUUGGUGAACUUUAAUUCUCUGACCCCUAUGGAACAAGAGAUGUUUAAUAAGUAUCUUACUAAUCUUAAAGUAACAUCUCCAGAAACUCAUGGUGUUGUGUUAAAGAUGGUCAGUGAGCAUAAAAGUAUAUGAAUUGCUGUAUAAUGAAAAUAAAAGUUUGACUAUGUAAC